UUUGACUUUGCCACAGCUAGACAAAGAAUCUAACAAAGAAUUAUAAAUUCAUGUCAUUGUGCAACGUUGAUUAAAGUCUUCUUUUUUGUUUGUGGUUUGAUCGGUUUUAACCCUUCGAGUGCACACUUAUUGCGUCAUCCAUAUGCUUAUGGGGUCAAAACGAUCCAGUGUGCACUUUGAGGGCCAUGUGAUGUUGAUUGAAAUAAAUGCUGCUACGAAUUUUGUUUCGGUAUCCCGCUCCGCUCAGGCCUCCCUCUAGCAACAGUGCGGACGCGGGAGAGUGGGGGGAGGACGUUAUACUUCAGUGAGUUUAGCGGUCGCCAUUUUGACCUUGGUUGACAUUAGUUCAACGCCAGCAUCGUUAUCGCAGCGCUCCUUACGGAGCGAAUGGGAUAAACGUCAACGUUAACGCAUAUUCCUUCAUUCGAUGUAUUCUCUCGUCUGAAAAUUCUCAGUUUAAAUAAACGUCGAUGAGACAGGAAAAAAGCAAUUAGUCGCGCCAUUAGAGCAGAAAUUCUACUGUACUUUGCGAACGCGACACCGCGCGCUGCGAUCGAAUAAUAGUUUUUAAAACGUGUGUUGAUCCGACAGUUGAGCAAAUUGGAAUGGGAGUGGAGCACGAAAAAAAUAAAUAAAACGGUCGGUAACGCAACCGUACGAUCAGUGCUGGGAAGUUCGGUGAUUGUUGACGAGUAAAAUUUUAAUAAACAAAUAAAUUUGGAUAAAAUACAAAAUUUUCGUGAAGCAUAAUGGUUUUGCUAAGCCUGCUGUUGUGGGGCUUGGCCCUCGUGAUAAUCGGUCUUCUCGUAAUGAUUGGACGUCAAAUAAUCUAUUGGCGUUUGCGGGAGAUUCCUUACGUCGACGUUUACCCAGUGAUCGGAAUGUUCGGACCACUGUUUUUCCGGCGUAAAUCGUUGGUCGAAUUGGCAGAUUAUUAUUAUCACUUGUGUCCAGGAUCGAAAUAUUAUGGUAUGAUGGAUUUUAAUGAGCCGACAUUGAUGAUAAAAGAUCCUGAAAUUCUGAAGGAAAUAACGGUCAAGAGUUUCGAUUAUUUUUUAAAUCAUCGCUCUUUCGUCGAGCCCGAAUUCGAUCCUUUGUUGUCGAAGAAUAUAUUCUCGUUGAAAGACGACCGUUGGCGGGAAAUGAGAAGUACGUUGAGCCCGGCAUUCACUGCUAGCAAAAUGAAAUUCAUGUUUCAAUUGGUGUGCCAAUGCUCGCUCGAUUUUAUACAGUACAUAAAAAAACAUCCCGAAAUGACAAUGGAAGAUUUGGAUCUCAAAGACGUUUACACGAGAUACACGAACGACGUUAUAGCGACCGCAGCGUUCGGCGUCAGUGUGAACUCGUUGGAGAAUCGCGACAAUGAGUUUUAUCUCAACGGUAAAGAUGCCAGCAGCUUCGAUGGUCUGGGUAAAUUCAUCAGGGUUAUCGGGGGCAGAUUAUUCCCGAAAUUAUUGCGCUUUCUCGGGCUAACUUUUCUCUCCCCUAAAGCUGACAAAUUCUUCAAGACUUUGGUUUACGAUACGGUGAAAACGCGCGAUGAAAAGGGCAUUGUUCGACCCGACAUGAUACACUUGUUGAUGCAAGCCAGAGACAACGAACGCGGCAUCGAUGUAACAACCGAUGAUAUCACAGCCCAAGCAUUCAUCUUCUUUUUUGCUGGAUUCGAAACCACCUCUCGCGUCAUGUGUUUAACCUCACAUUUGCUGUCGUAUCACCCCGAAAUUCAAGAUCGAUUGAGGACAGAAAUCGAUAGCGUUCUCGGGGGAGAAGAAGGAAACGUGACUUAUGAAUCGCUCGCGCAAAUGACCUACCUGGAUAUGGUACUUUCGGAAAGUCUCAGACUUUUUCCACCGACGCCUAUAAUGGAUCGAGUUUGUGUUAAACCCUAUGAACUCCCGGCACCUUCCGCCAAAAAUUCUAAACCGUUCGUCGUUCAACCGAAAACUAUUAUUUGGAUGAAUAUUUACGGCUUUCAUCACGAUCCCAAUUAUUUUCCAAAUCCCGAAACAUUCGAUCCUGAACGAUUCAGCGAAGAAAACAAAAACAACAUAGUACCCUACACUUACAUGCCGUUUGGAUUGGGACCGAGAAAGUGCAUCGGCGAGAGAUUUGCUCUCAUGGAAAUAAAGAUUCUUAUUGUCCAACUCUUGCGGCAUUUUGUAUUGAAACCGUCCGAAAAAACUACCAAAGACAUCACUUUUUCGAAAAAGUCGUUUGAUUUGAAUCCUGAAAGAGGAUUUUGGACGAGAUUGGAAGCGCGUCAAUGAAUUCGCGGAGAGAACACUUUCGUAAAAAUUGUUUUUUUUUUUUCACUUUUUCAUCACAUUAUUUCAACUUGAAUAAAAAAAAUCUGUUGGACGAUUUUUCAAAAAUUUAUCCUUCCUUCCCUUCCAUGACAAUUUUAGCCUCGCUCGCGCCCACUCCUGAUUCGAUUUUUUUACGUGAGCAUUUACGCAUAUUUAUCCGCGGAGGAUUCGCAUGCUACAAAGUUAUAUUACGUCGCACGCCUGAAUAUUUUUAUCUGUGACGGCACUGUAGCUCUAGGCUUCGAUUACAUAAGGUCUUUUGAUGUUUUUUUCCGACGCAUGCACUCUGUCUUGCUUGUUCAGUCGACUGGACCAUCGCAUAGCUCGAUUGAGUGGGUAGUUCGUCAAUAUAGCAGUUUGUUUAUCAUCCGCUAAAAAUUAACCGAUGACUGAACUUUGGACCAAGUUCCCGAAGAGCGUCGAGAACCCUCGAGUAUAUCCUCAUAAAAAUAUGUUUUGGGUUCAGAAGUGAAUGUUAAUUGCACUAGUAUAUUGAUAAUUAUGGAAAAUACUCAGUUAAAUACAUUUUGAGAAAUAUUUUAAUGGCCGGGAUGCAAUGGAAUGAAUAACGUAAAUAAAACGAAGAUAUUUUUAUUUUGAUUAAAUUAUAUCCGAAUUUUUUAAUUUAGGUUUAUAAAAACGAAUGUAUUUUACUCGAUCCAAUAAAAAAACAGUAUUUUU